AAAUGACUGAUCCCAGUUUGCGCACGUGUGUCGCUGGUUACCGCAACUCCGCCGGUAAACUCACCGACGUCACUUUCCCUCACAACAUACGCCAGCCAUCAAUUGCCUACCCGUUUCGAUUGCUUCCUCCUCAAGCAAGUGUUACCCACCCACCCCUACCAUGCUCCUUAUCUCACCCACAGCCGCCGCCCCCUUCGCCGUUCUCGCUGCGCACCGCCUCCCGCACAUCCCCGCAAAGCUCUUCGCGUUCGCUCCUAAUUCCAAGCCCUUGCCUUUCGGGUCCUCCUCGCUCUCGCGACUCCGCCCCAUGAGCUGGCUCGGCAAGCUAGGGUUCGGCCUCGGCGGCCAGAGCGGGGCGACGGAUGCGGUGUCGUCGAUCGCGCAAGGGCCUGACGAUGACGUGCCGGCUCCUGGGCAGGAGUUCGCGCAGUUCGGCGCCGGAUGCUUUUGGGGAGUCGAGCUCGCCUUCCAGCGCGUGCCUGGAGUUACGAAAACCGAAGUUGGGUACUCCCAGGGGAACAUCCACGAGCCCACCUACGAGGACGUGUGCACAGGGAGGACCAACCACUCCGAGGUUGUCCGCGUGCAGUACGAUCCUCGUCAGUGUAGCUACUAUGAUCUGCUCGAUGCUUUCUGGGCUCGCCACGACCCCACAACUCUUAAUCGCCAGGGAAAUGAUGUCGGGACACAAUAUCGCUCUGGAAUAUAUUUCUACACACCAGAACAGGAAAAGGCUGCUAGAGAAUCCAUUGAGAAGCAACAGAAAACCUUGAACAGGAAGAUCGUCACUGAAAUCCUUCCUGCAAAGAAAUUCUAUAGGGCCGAGGAGUAUCAUCAACAAUACCUUGAGAAAGGUGGGCGGUUUGGUUUUCAGCAAUCUGCUGCUAAGGGUUGUAAUGACCCUAUUCGCUGCUAUGGAUGAAAUUGGGCGAGAGGCACCACCUUCGUCUGCAUUUGAUUGUGCAUUUAUAUCGAUGGCCCGUGGAAGUUAAAGAGUAUGGUAUAUCAGUGUGCUAUGGAUUAAAUUAGUUGUCGGCAUGUAUCUAAUCCAAACUCUCUGAAUCACUUAACUUGCGUCAUUCAUAAAGAUGGCUAAAACUUAUAGAAGUAAAACUGCUGAGUAGUUAUAGCGUUGAGGCUGAGAAUACAGCCAUGCAGUUAAGGUUUCUUUGGAGCUUGUGUUUCUAUGUAAUAACGUCAGACUCUAGAAAAUCAUAUAAAAGUAGAAAUUGCUAGAGAAAAA